AUGAAGGCCAACGUCCUUCCUGAAGCCACGCCUUCGGUUCUCAGUCAGGUGGGGUUCAGGUGUAUCGUCAGGUGCGGCUCAGGUGUAUCGUCAUGUGGGGUUCAGGUGUAUCUUCAGGUGGCCUUCCAAGCGCUCAUCCCGUGUUUCAUGAUGACCAAAGUCGCCUCUACUCUCUCCGUGCAGCCCCUCGCCGUGGCCUUCCAAGCGCUCAUCCCGUGUUUCAUGAUGACCAAAGUCGCCUCUACUCUCUCCGUGCAGCCUCUCUCCUCGCUCGCCUUCCUGCCUCUCCUCGCGGUCUUUCAGGUGCGCUGCACUCCUCCCCACUCCUCCCCACUCCUCCCCACUCCUCCCCACUCCUCCCCACUCCUCUCCACUCCUCUCCUCUCCUCUCCACUCCACUCCAAUCCUCUCCAUUUUACCUCAUCCCACUCCAUCCCACUCACACUUUUGAUUCUCUCAUCUCAAGCUCCUACCCCAGUCCAGCCCACUGCACCCCACUCCACCCCACUCCACUUUUGA